GGCGAGGCUGGCCCAACCCCAGCACAGCGGGCGGCAGCUGCCAGCAGGGGGCGGCGGAGGCGGCGCAGGGCUCCUUCUUCCCACCCGCCUCACAGGCCGCGGCCGCUGAUGGCACUGUCUUCUGUGAGAGGAAAAGAUCAUUUUUCACUGUCACUAGUUCACUGAUUCUCAACUGAGUGGCCACCAGAGUAUUUUGAGGGUGCUGAACCACCCAGUUCUUGUAUAAGGAGCUGGAAAAUGGGUGACGAUGAUGAUGAUAUCCCUCAGCUUUCAUCCCAUACUCUAGCUGCCCUGCAGGAGUUUUAUAUAGAACAACAGCAGAGAGAGAGCAUGAAGACCUCUGAAGAUUUUAAUCAAUAUUCUGUUGGCUCAGUUGAGGAGGACUGGCAACUGAGCCAGUUUUGGUACAAUGAUGAGACUGCAUCAUGCCUGGCUAAUGAAGCUGUUUUGGCAGCUGGAAAAGGUGGCAGGAUAGCGUGCGUUAGUGCACCAAGUGUUUAUCAGAAACUAAAAGAACAACAUGGCAAAGAUUUUUCAGUGUGUAUCCUGGAGUAUGACAAAAGAUUUUCUGUAUAUGGAGAGGAAUUUAUCUUCUAUGACUAUAGUAAUCCUUUGAAUUUACCUGAAAAUGUCCUGCCACACAGUUUUGACAUAGUAAUAGCAGAUCCACCCUAUCUGUCUAAGGAGUGCCUUAGUAAAACAGCGGAGACCAUCAAAUACUUAACAAAAGGAAAGGUUCUGCUUUGUACAGGUGCCAUCAUGGAGGAGCAUGCAGCAAGGCUUCUUGGUGUGAAGAUGUGCAAAUUCAUUCCAAAACAUACUCGAAACUUAGCCAAUGAAUUUCGAUGUUAUGUGAAUUAUGAUUCUGGACUAGACUGAUUCAACUGUUUGGAGUGUACAGAAGAAAAGUAUCAAGUAUUUUUCAAUCAAGCUCAUUUUUACUUUUCUUGGUGAUGUUUGCGUUCUUCAUUGCUUUAUUAAAGGUGCCACACCAAGUAAUGGUUUCUGAGCUAGCUGUAGUCAAUGAAUUGUGACAGCCUCUGUCAUCUGCAAACGAUUUUUCACCCUACGUUAUAAAUGGAUGGGGUUUGGAUGGCUCAAGUGACUUGUUAAUGGGAGUUUUUCUGUUAGAACUGGAAUCAUGCCUGGUAGCCUCUACAGUGCGAGAGCUAUUGGGCCUUGCUAACUGAGUUGACAGCAGUCCAGUUUCUUGUGUGGAGAUGCCUGCCUGUCUCAGAAAUUGCCAACACCGUUUGUGUUAGCUAGUGGUCUCAGUAGCCAGCCAAAUUAAUUAACUUUUCACCCGUAGGUGUGGUUUGUCCAUAACAGGACUGGGAGCAGUCUGUAUUGCACGUGUUCUGUGUCCCAUAUGUGUCAGUUUUGUCAACUUUCUUGAAUCCUAUUAUAUUGUGGGGGGGAAAUAGUUGUUAUGGAUCAACGAUUUAAAAAAUUGGAGAGGCAUUUUCAGAAGUUGAACUAGCUACAUAGACUUUCACCUUCAAAUUAAUUUGCACGUAAGGAAAAGUAUUUUGAUAUUUGCAGCUAUUGAUUUUCAUGGAAAUGUGUUCAUUUUGACAUAUCAGCAAAAGCUCGUCAUUAGUUAGUUCUUGAUUGUUGUUUUUUUUCCACCUUACCAUGGAUCCACGCUUCCUUUCUGAUUUAUUAACUGUUCCAGCCAGAAAUUCUGGCCAUGGGGCUCUGUGUGGUGGUCUGCAGUUUGCCAGGCCAUGGCUGCUUCUGGUCCGCAGUUUGCCGGGCCAUGGUAUAAAAAGGUUGGGAACUGCUGUACUAGGGUAUAAUAGACUCUAUUGACAAAAUUGUACUAUGGAAUUGACAAACAUGAGAUUUAAUUUUUGGGGUUCUGGCUGUUCUACCAAGUGAGGAAUGUUUUGAUGAAAUAUUUGUUAUAAAUAGAAAUUUUUGGUCAUUUGGAGGACAUGAGAAGCCAAUUUUAUCUGACUCUUUGGUGAGACUAUUGCUUUAUUUUGGGUGAAAGCUAGUACAAAAAUCACAAAGCACUCAAUAGUUCAUCAGCUGUGAAUGUACAUAUGUUUUUGUGCAUGCACACACAUUUAUAUUUUAUAAAUAGGAACGUAAAUGAAGCAAUACUGAAAGAACUGCCAAGGCUACAAAUUCAGACACUCGGAAGUUACGAUUAUGGUUGGCAGUGCAACCUUAAUUCAUCUCCCCUUGUGUAUUUGCAUUGUAAUAGGUCUCAGUUGCAUGCAGACUCCUUGUCUCAAUAGUGCUACAAGAAAAAAACUGUUCCUAUAGCAAUGCCCAAUUUAAUUGUUACCUUGAGCACCUCCAGAUUACUUAUAAAACCUGCCCAUAUUAGUCAUAUAUCUGCCCAUAUAUUAGAGUUAGAUACCAAAUCUUAGUCUUUGGUACUUCUUGUGUGACAGUAAUGAUAGGCCCAACCUUGGUACACAGCCUUAGUUACAGUGUUGGUAAAAGAGAAUUUUAGUCAAAUAAUUUGGGGGUAGGGAAGAAGUUAAUAAACAUUCCAACAAUCAUUUUAAUGUUUAAAAAGUGAUAUUAUAAUAGUAAUAAUGGUUGAGUGCCUCUUAGGCCUGCCCCAUUCUGAUCAGGUGACUCCCCCAGCUACCCACAAGUGUUUUCUAAUUAGGCUUGCUGCCUGGCUUCCAGUGCAGCCUUCUGCUGCUGGUCUAGGGACUGCAGCACGGUCCCUGCUACCCCAAGCAGGUCUCUGCCCUUCUGAACUAUGCAAAGUAACCUACUGCAGUCAGCCUCUUUCUUUCCCUCUGGUUUAACAUUUCCCUUGUAGUUAGCUCAGCCUGCUAUUGUUUUCUCCUCAGGUAACAGCCUUCUGGUUUUCUGUUACACCCUUACUUUCCUCUUUUUUAAAAGAUCUUCCCACUUGCAGAGCCCUGCCUCUCUCUACCAUCAGAGGAAACCCCUCAUUUUUCACCUGCUGCUUCCACCACCCUCUGCACCCAGUGCCUGAACAUUUGGCAUUGGUUGUUUUCGUCUGCCCUCCUUCCAUUGUCACUUUGUGUCCAGAGGUGUGGUUGAAAACAUGCAUAGCUAGAUGGUAGGCAGCCUGCAGCCACAGCCCACUAGGAGACUCGGAGUUCCUGCACGGAUCUACCUCUUGGUUCAGAAACUGCCCUGGCCACAGUGCAUGCUGCUGGGCAGGAUCCUCCAAGACAUUCCAGAGCCCAGGUGAUGUCCAGCUGGUGUUCAGUUACUUUCCAGGGGGUUAAGUUCUUACUUUUAUGUGAACAGAAUUGUGCAAUUUAAGAGAGUAAAACAGAACAUUAAGUACAUAUGCCUUGGCACAAAUCUCUACCUUGUUCAUAGCAGACUUAUUUAUAUUUAUUGUCUCCACAAUCUCUAGCACACCAAGCAAACAGAGACAAUGGAGUGUUUAGUGGCUCACUGUAAUCUUGGCCUUAGAAAAAUAUCUGACUACUUCUCCUUUAACUGGGACAGGUCCUUGUGGCAGAAGCAAUGUGAUAACACUGUAAGUUAGAAUCUUAGGAAACUAGGGCUGGAUUGAACCUCAGGAGAUCAGGCCCUUGCUUAAGGCAGGAUCAUCCCUAUCUAACACAUCCUAGACAAGUGUUUGUCUAACAAUCUUAAAAGCUUAACGAGCAGCCCUCGCUCACAACUACCAGGCUCAAUUCCCCAAAUCUCAGGUACUUGCUGCCAGUGGCAGCAUCUGGAACAUAAGUACAUUCACAGCUGAUUCACAGCCAAAAUAGCUGUCAAUGGAUGUGAGCCUCUCCCUCAAAUCGAUCACCUCCAGAGACCAGGUACUCUGCACACACUUCACAUAGCCUGGGUAUGAAAUGGGUCAUGGUGCUGUGUUCCAUAAGCCACUGCUCCAAAUGCCUAGUUGGUGCUGGGCCACUGCCUUCUUUUCCCAGUCUGGUUCCUGUAUGUGAGUUUGGGCUGUUCAAUCCUAGUGGCAGGUGCCACUGUAUACAUAUAAUAAAGUUAGCUGCUGCAACCACCCAACUCAACCCUGAUUGGUUAGCCAACUGUAGCAGUGAUGCUGUUGCCUAAUCCUUCAGAUGUCUGUAGACAUCUAGCAGCUUUCUGAGCCCGUACCGCAAAUGACGUUUGGGGGUUGGAGGGGGAGUGAAUCCACAUAUUUGCAUCAGUAUAGAACAGCCUAUACUAUUUAUUCAAGAUCACCUUAAAGCAAUGAUUGGGUAACAAAAUUAGCGUCCUAAGGUGUUCUCAGUCUUGCUUUCAAGAACUCAGUUUUCCAGGCUAUCAUAAGUAUUACUAUGGAGAAAAGAAAAUCUUUACCAAGUACCACAUUUUCUUGCAUACAACAUGCUCCCCGCCCCUGCCCAAUAAAACAUGCACCUUUUUUGGCAAGCAGAAUGGAGAAAUGAUGAGUUUGUUGACCGCAUGAUAAAAUUAAGUCCUCCUGGAAAUGUAGCAUGUCCAAGAAGUGUGGUAUCAGGAACUUCCUGGUAUGGCAGACACAGGAUGCCACAGUUCCUAGACACUUUGUUCCCAGGAUUUAACUCUUACCAUGUAAGGUUAAGCACUGAGACUGCUGCAAGGGCAGUAGCAAGACUCUUAGUUCUUUACUGUAAGUACUUUAUGUAAGUUCCUGCAAGUAAAGUAUUGUCUCUGUAUCACAAGCCUCAUUAAGAUAAUAUCAACAGCUCACUUGCUGCUUUGGGCAUAUGCUACUGCUCAGCCAAUGACUAGUUAUGAGGGUUAACACAAGACUGCUCCUUCCUAUUGCUGAGCAGCCCCAAGUGGCAGCUCCAUGGCUUGGCAGCUGCAUGGCAUGCAAAGUGUGUCCAGGCUUCCUAGUUUUCCAGCGAAGAAAAUAGCUUCCCUGCUUAAAACACAUACCCCAUUUUUUUGUCCGAAUUUUGGGGGAAAAUGUCUGUGUUGUAUGUGAGAAAACAUGGUAUAUCUGUAUUUUGAGGCUCUUAAUGUCUUCCAGUGACAACCUCAGGGAAUGAAAAGAUUUUCCUGGCACAACAGGAAGCUUCUCAGAUCAGCUUCAGCUGCCAUAAAGUUUCAACUUUGAGUUGUUUGCCUUUAUUGGACCUGGAUUGGGUUCAGUGAAACAUUUCGUGUCUGCCUUGUGUCAACAUUUUGUAAGCCUUGAAGUAAUUCCAAUGAAUUCCCCUUCAUGCAAAUCAAACGCUGGGCUGCAGCAGUGGUAACCUGAGGAUUAGGAACUGGACUAUGUCACAUCGCAGUUGAUGUCAGAGUGAUAUAAGUCUGUAAUGUUAGUGAUCGUUUUCAAAAAAUAAUAAAUUCCUCUUUCAUUCAA